GUGUAAUUCCAUUGAUGUUAGAAUUUGUCUACGAGGAUGAUUUAGGAGUGUAUACAAUCUUAUUUUUAUUUUUCUAAAUAGAUAAAAGUUCAGGGACCAAUCAGCAAUUAAGCCAAAAAUAAAUAGCGUCUUCUGUUUCCCAAACCCUUACCGGAAAACACACUCAUCAGACCCACCACGAUUCUCCGCAUUCGAGCAUCGUCACCGAUUCAGUUCCUCUUCAAUCUCGUUUCUUGAUUCCACCUAUUUUUUAUCGCCGAUUCUACUUUUCCUCUGCGUGGCGGUUACCAUGGCGGCGGCGGCGGCGGCUUCAUCUCCUUCAAAAUCCCAAAUCCUAUCGCUCCUCCGUUCCUUCAUACGAGUAUCUCGUCAAUUUCCAGAUUACAACAUUAGGGAAUACACUAAACGACGUGCCGUCGAUGCGUUUCGUCAAAACGCAACACUUUCUGAAUCUUGUUCGGUUUCCGAAGCUUUCUCGUUCGGAAAAUCUCAGUUUGAAGUAGCUAAACGACAGGCCGUUGUUUACUCUCUUUAUGUUCCGCCUCUUCCCAGUGUUAUGGAGAUUCAGAAUAAACCCUUUUAAUCAAGGUUAGGUUCUGUUGAUGAUAGGACAAUCAGAAAUGUAUGUUUCCUACUUCGCAUUCAUCUAUUAUGGAACGAGCAAUGAAGUGAAAAUCUUGUUUACAACUUUCUCGAGGAAAGCUAUUAUUGUUCUUUAGUAGUUAACAUUAAUAUUUAUGCAGGACAAUGUUUUUGUAUGCAUAUUUAAAGUUGAGUGACAUUUUUAAAUAACUUAAACCAAUUUUAUGUUGUUAGAAUUGGAAUGAGUAAUUUUAGUUUGUCUCUGUAAAUUGAAGAUUUAAUGUAGUGUAUUGUUCUACUACAUGGUAAUAAUUUGAUGAUGCAACAUUAAGUUUA